GUCUUCCCUAGUCAAUAACUCCUCGAGACCUCUCUCUCUCUCUCUCUCUAUCUGUGUCGAAAAUGGCAACAGCGUCGUCGUCGUCGUCAGCAUCAUCUGGGGUUACAGAAAGAAGAGGAAUACCAGCAGCUGCUUUCGUGGAAGAUGUACACACCUACCUCUCUCAAUUAGGUCUCGAUGUCAACUCCGCCCUCUCUUUCCUCCAAGAAAGGCUUCAGCAAUACAGGUUGGUCGAGAUGAAACUUCUUGCACAGCAGAGGGAUCUUCAGGGGAAGAUCCCAGACAUUGAGAAGUGCUUGGAUAUAGUCGCUACUUUGCAAGCUAAGAAGGGUACUGGUGAGGCACUGCUAGCCGAUUUCGAAGUGUCUGAAGGCAUCUAUUCUCGAGCACGCAUUCAGGACACUGAUUCAGUAUGUUUAUGGCUGGGAGCUAAUGUCAUGCUGGAGUACUCAUGUGAAGAGGCCACCAAACUUCUACAAAUGAAUUUGGAAAAUGCUAGAGCCAGUUUAGAAGUUAUUGUUGCAGAUCUACAAUUCCUGAGGGAUCAAGUGACGAUUACUCAGGUCACAAUCGCUCGCAUAUACAACUGGGAUGUUCAUCAACGCAGAAUCCGACAAGCACAAGCCUCACCUGCCAAAGACUCAUGAGAAAAGUUUCGCUACACCCAGAUAAGAGCUGGCAGAACCUGCUAUUCUAGCCAAAAGUAUGGACCUAGUUUCUCUUUUCCAUUGUUUUAGGUAAUGAGAUUGUCUUUACUAUUUUAUUUUUUUAGUUUUUUUUUUAUAAUAUUAUGAGAUGUGUUCUCAUAUCAAUUGAGCUUCUCGUUCCAGAUUUUGAUCGGUUGAAAUAGUUCUGUUGUGUAAGAAAAAGUUAUCACAUUAUUAGGGUUGAGCUGUAACAAGAUUCGCUAUGAUUUAGGUUGUCAAAUAUGUUUUUUUUUUUUUUUCCUGUAGCCCUACCUCGUUUUUCUCUCAGCUAGACAGGUCAUUUCAAUUUAGUUCCUCUGAUUUAUGCCUUCA